CAAACCGGGAUCUAGACAUGUUCAUAAACGCGUCCAAGAACUUCAACCUGAACAUCACCUGGGCCACAAGCUUCAGUGCAGGCACCCAGACCGGGGAGGAGAUCCCCAUCGUGUCCCGGAGCAACAUCAAGGAGUUCAAAGACAGCUUCUCCAACGAGAACUUCGACUUCCGCAACAACCCUAACAUAACCUUCUUUGUCUAUGUCAGCAACUUCACCUGGCCCAUUAAGAUUCAAGUAAGAUUUGCUCAACCUAAACAGAAUAUGUUUGGCUGGCUGAAAUCCGCUCGGAACUGGUUUACAUUUUUGUAGGGCUUCAUUAGUUACAUUAAUAAACUAAUAAUGUAACUAAAAUAAAAAGCACACACUUAUAUUUGUGAGGAAAAUGUAAACUAAACACUAAACCACAUCCUGCUUGAACUAUAGCCGCUACAUCCAAAGACCAGAAUCAACCAAGAUUUUAAAAAAGUAGGGCAAUAUAUUAAUAGAGCAAAUUAAUAUAAUCUUGUCAGCAGAGCAGCGACAGUCUUUGAGAUGUUUUAGAUUAUUCUGAACAUGGCAGAUUUAAUUCUGACAGACGGAAAGACACAUUCAGCUGUGUCAUCUGAGGAUCAGAUGACGGCUGAUGUGUCGGGGGAAGAAAGCUGACGGCUUCGAUAAGACGCUUGAAAUCUAUAAAUGGGAGGCUUUGUGUGCUGACAACGUGGGACAGCACGAGUGUCGGUGAUGGCUGGAAUGAAUGUGGAUAUCUAAUUUGCACAGAAAAGGAAAGAGGAAAUGAUUUGCCAUUAGAAGAACAAAAACAGAGAAACAAUCAGAUUGCACUCUUUUAUUAACGUGUCUCACAUUUGGGCCUCUAACAUGAAACAUGUAGCCAGUUCAGAAAUACAAAUAAACAUUUGAAGAGCAGUUUGACUUAAAGGGGACAUAUCAUGUGCUUUUCAGCUUCAUACAUUCAUUUUCGGUUGUUUCUUAAACAUUUUACCAUGAAUAAAAGUUCAAAAAGUCCCAACUCCCAUUACAGGUUGAUUGAGGUGCAAGAACAAAACAUGGCAUCAAAGUUUUUGAAAAAAUCCACUGAAAUGUCUAAUUUCACAGUUUCUUGUUUGGAUGGUACCCACAAGCACUGUUAAAGUGUGUUCAUCAUAAUAUGUCCUCUUUACUAAAACCUUAAAAUCCAAUAACCGCAUGAUUUACUCAAGUUAAACAUGAGUACUAACCAAAACAUGCAACGCUGUGCUGAAUAUUAACAAACUGUAGCAGCACGUAUAAUGCUGAAAAUACAUGUAUUCAUGCACUUUAAAUAAAAGCAUCUAAGCACU